GCAAGUGGAUGUAACCCCACUUUACAACUGUUUAUUUUUACUUUCACAAACUUUAUUCAAGUCAUCCAAGAAACAAGCAUCUCAAAGCCCAAAUCCUAUCUCCUGCAAACAAACCCUCGCCAUGGCGAAAUCAUUCAAUCCAAAAACCCAAACAUACACUUCCCCAAGGCCCCCUAUCAAGCUCCCAACAAACCCUGAACUCUCCCUCACCUCCUUCAUAUUCGAAUCCACUUCCUCCAUUCCUCACGAAACCGCUCUCAUCGAUUCUUCUAAUUCAAAUGAAACCUUAACUUUUCUCCAACUCAAAGCUCAAGUCUCAAGUCUGGCUUAUGCAUUGCACCACCAGUUCCACAUUGCUAAAAGCGAUGUCGUUCUCAUCCUUGCUCCGAACUCAAUCCGCUUCCCCAUUUCUUUCCUUGCAAUCAUCUCCCUUGGUGCUAUCGCCACCACAGCCAACCCUUCUUUCACAUUCAAUGAGAUAUCGAAACAAGUCAAUAAUUGCAGACCUAAACUUAUCAUCACAAUCCCUGAACUUUAUAGCAAAGUCCACCAAUUUAAUGUUCCAUUGAUUUUCUUACAAUCAUCAUCAAGCUCCACCAACCUCUUCCUAGACUUCUCACAAAAUCCUAAAUUCUCUUACUACUCCGAUGUAAUACAAAAAUAUACUCCACCUUCGAAUUUUCGACCCUACGUUGUGAGGCAAAAUGAUGUGGCAGCAUUGAUGUACUCGUCUGGUACAACCGGAACAAGUAAAGGGGUGAUGCUGACUCAUAAAAAUUUUAUCGCGUCGUCCUUGAAUUUUACUGCGGAUCAAGACCGGUACAAUGAAGGAAGGGUUGUGUGUUUGUGUUUCUUGCCAAUGUUUCAUGGAUUUGGUUCGGUGUUAUCAUUCGCACAAUUGAGAAGAGGAAAUGUACUGGUUUCCAUGGCGAAGUUUGAGCUCGAGAAGGUUUUGGCUGCGGUGGAGAAGUUCGGGGUCACUCUUUUGUUUGCGGUGCCUCCGGUCAUGGUCUCGUUAGCAAAGCGAGGAGAGGUGACGAAGCAUGAUUUGUCAUCAUUGAGGCAAAUCAUCUCUAGUGCAGCCCCACUGAGCGGAGACGUAAUAGAGACAUGUGCCAAGAAUUUGGCCCACGUUGAGAUUUUUCAGGGAUAUGGUAUGACAGAAGCCUGCGGAAAAAUUUCAUUGGAGAAUCCUAAGGAAGGGCGUCGUUUUUCGGGUUCAACUGGAACACUCAUGCCUGUAAUAGAAUCCAAAAUUGUUAGUGUCAAUACAAUGAAACCCCUCCCACCACAUCAGAUAGGAGAAAUAUGGAUUCGAGGACCGACUAUCAUGCAAGGCUAUUUUAACAAUCCAGAGGCUACAAAGCUAGCUAUGGAUGAAAAAGGAUGGCUGCGUACUGGGGAUCUUGGAUAUUUUGAUGAACAAGGACAAUUAUUUGUUGUAGACAGGAUAAAGGAGCUUAUAAAAUGUAACGGUUUUCAGGUCGCACCGGCAGAGCUAGAAGGAUUGCUACUUUCUCAUCCUGAAAUUGUGGAUGUUGUCGUCAUUCCAUUUCCUGAUGUUAAAGCUGGAGAGGUUCCCAUAGCAUAUAUUGUUCGCGCUCCCAACAGCUCACUAAAUGAAGAUGAUGUUAAAAUUUUCAUUGCAGAAAAGGUUGCACCUUACAAAAGAUUGAGAAGAGUCACUUUUCUCAAUAGUGUCCCAAGGUCAGCCUCGGGAAAGAUAUUGAGGAGAGAGCUCAUACAGAAAGUUCGAUCCAAGAUAUAGGAUACCAAUUUCUCUUUUUCCUUCGAGAAAAUUUAAGGGUUGAAGUUCAUUACUAAUGUUUUGCAAAUUCUCGGUUUGUGAGUUGUCAUACCACUGUAAUAUUCUUAGGUGUGCAUGUAAUAUAUAAUCCAAAUAGUUAGCAAAUAGCAACCAACUAUAUAUUUAUUCAAUUAUAAGUAAUUUU